UAGCUGGGGAUCCUGGCCAAAAACAGCCCCGUCCCCGAGUGACAGGAGUGACUUUGUGCAGAGUGACCCCUUGGAGGGAGCUCACAGCCCUCCAGAAGCUUUGCUGGUCUGGUGGGAUGGAUAAGCCAGGCCUUUUGCUGUAGAGACGAGCUCCAUCCUGCCCGUAAACCCCAGCGUGGGGUCCCCCCAUCGCUGCUGCGCCCCUGUCACCUGUGUCACCCCGGGAGCUGCAUCCUCAGUGCGGAGCGGGUUACGCAGGAGGGACCCGGGAACGGAGUUUCUGCAGCGUCAGAAAACUUCGAUUCAUCUGUCAAGGUGGUGAAUGAACGAGGGAUAUGACCUGGAAAGGAUAAACAGGAAAAUGGGGAUGUUGCUUCAGUUUGGAAAAGGUUUGCUUUAUUUUUUUCACCUGUCUCAGGAUCACUGGAAGGGAUUAUACAAAUGAGAGCAGGAAACUGCAGUCAGGGCUUUAGGGCUUUGCCAGAAAUAGAUUCUUUUUUUUUUUUUUCUUCUGAUAUAAAUGAAGAAAUAUAGGAGUCCGUAGAAGUUGUUCCACAGGCACCCUCACAUUUGAUUACCAAGUCAUUUGCAUUCGUAUAUAAAGUGACAUCCACCCUGCAAUGGGAGUUGACAUGUAAUCACAAAGAAUAAAAACUCCUGGAAACAUCUACAUGCCACUGAUGCAACUUCAGAAAGACAGAAGUUUGGACUAAGUGGGAAAUGUACUGAAUAUUUUCGGACGAGUAGAAGAAAAGUAUCAUCCUGGAAGAUGUUAAAUGUUAAUUUUGUACCUAAUCGCCGCCAUUCGUGGAUUUGCUUCGAUGUGGAGAAUGGCCCGUCGCCGGGACGCAGCCCGCUGGACCCGCAGGCCGGCUCCUCGGCAGGACUCGUGCUGCACACCACGUUCCCGGGCCACAGCCAGCGCAGGGAGUCCUUCCUCUACAGGUCCGACAGCGACUACGACUUGUCGCCAAAGACCAUGUCCAGGAACUCUUCUCUCCCAAGUGAACAGCAUGGCGACGACCUGAUCGUCACACCUUUUGCCCAGGUGCUGGCGAGUCUACGGAGUGUGAGGAACAACUUCACGCUCCUCACCAAUUUGCACGGCACUUCCAACAAGAGAUCUCCAGCAAUGAGUCAGCCACCUGUCUCCAGAGUUAACCUGCAAGAGGAGCCCUACCAAAAGCUGGCCAUGGAGACGCUGGAGGAGCUCGACUGGUGCCUGGAUCAGCUGGAGACCAUCCAGACCUACCGCUCCGUCAGCGAGAUGGCAUCCAACAAGUUCAAGAGGAUGCUGAACCGGGAGCUGACACACCUCUCCGAGAUGAGCCGCUCUGGCAACCAGGUGUCCGAGUACAUCUCCAACACUUUCCUGGACAAGCAGAAUGAUGUGGAGAUCCCUUCUCCCACCCAGAAGGACAGAGAGAAGAAGAAAAAACAGCAGCUCAUGACACAGAUCAGUGGAGUGAAAAAAUUAAUGCAUAGCUCGAGCUUAAACAACACCAGCAUCUCACGGUUUGGUGUGAAAACAGAAAAGGAAGACCAUCUGGCCAAGGAACUGGAAGAUCUGAACAAGUGGGGUCUCAACAUAUUUAACGUUGCAAGGUAUUCCCACAACAGGCCUCUCACCUGCAUCAUGUACGCUAUAUUUCAGGAGCGAGAUCUGCUGAAAACAUUCAAGAUCUCGUCGGACACUUUUGUCACGUACAUGAUGACGCUGGAAGAUCACUACCACUCGGACGUCGCCUACCACAACAGCCUCCACGCCGCCGACGUUGCCCAGUCCACACAUGUUCUGCUCUCGACCCCCGCGCUGGAUGCUGUCUUCACUGAUUUGGAAAUCCUUGCUGCAAUUUUUGCAGCUGCAAUUCAUGAUGUUGAUCACCCCGGGGUCUCCAAUCAAUUUCUUAUUAAUACAAAUUCCGAACUAGCCCUGAUGUACAACGACGAAUCUGUCUUGGAGAACCACCACCUGGCCGUGGGUUUCAAACUGCUGCAGGAGGAGCACUGUGACAUCUUCCAGAACCUGACCAAGAAACAGCGGCAGACGCUCAGGAAGAUGGUGAUUGACAUGGUAUUGGCGACAGAUAUGUCCAAGCACAUGAGUCUGUUAGCGGAUCUGAAGACUAUGGUGGAAACCAAGAAGGUGACCAGUUCGGGAGUCCUCCUUCUGGACAACUACACAGACAGAAUACAGGUUCUCCGAAAUAUGGUACAUUGUGCGGACUUGAGUAAUCCCACAAAGUCUCUGGAGCUGUACCGGCAGUGGACGGACAGGAUCAUGGAGGAGUUCUUCCAGCAGGGAGACAAAGAGCGAGAAAGAGGGAUGGAAAUCAGCCCGAUGUGCGACAAACACACGGCGUCAGUGGAAAAAUCACAGGUGGGAUUCAUCGACUACAUCGUCCACCCGCUCUGGGAGACGUGGGCUGACCUGGUGCAGCCUGACGCCCAGGACAUCCUGGACACGCUGGAGGACAACAGGAACUGGUACCAGAGCAUGAUCCCUCAGAGCCCGUCCCCUCCGCUGGAGGAGCGCGGGCGGGACUGCCAGGGCCUGAUGGAGAAGUUCCAGUUCGAACUGACGCUGGAGGAGGAGGAUUCGGACGGGCCGGAGAAGGACAGCGAGAGCAUCGGCUACUUCAGCAAUACAAAGACACUCUGUGUGGCCGAGCCAGGGGAAGAGGAUUCGCAGAGGGAGGCCAACAUCGAAAUUGUGACAGAAGAUACAUCUCCUGUGGACACAUAAUGUCCUGCUACCCGCGUGAGUGGAUUUUCAACGCUUGACGAGCAUGCAAGCAGCCUGACGGACCUGCCUGCAGCCGGGGCUGCGGCCUGUGCCCAACAUUGGCCAAAAGAUCUUCCCAGCUACUUGAGAGUGGAGUCGGGGUGAGAGAUCGUGUGCUGAAUGAUUGAUUGCUCAGGAAAUUAACAGGUGAUUUACAUUGCGGUUUAAUUGAGCCUUGUCAGCUAAGCGCAUGGUGUUGUCCUGGAGCUGGCAUGGGUCGUGACUGAAGAGAAAGCGACACACAACUGAGAGAUUUUAUACUGUUAGUUUUGGAAUUUAUACCAGUUAUUCUGAUAGAAACUACUGAUUAAUAACUCUCCAUGUAAAACCUGUCCACCUGACCACCUGUCUGCAGACCUGUGUGCCUUCUUUGUAAACACUUUCAUGUCUUUUCCAGAGUCUCUUAAUUCAAUACACGGGGUUUAGUAUAAAAAGCGACACAAAGUAUUUCAAAAUUGACAGAUACUUUUUUGAUUCUUCCUGUUACAAGAAGCAGUCUUCCUUUUUUUCAUGGGCAAUACCUGUCACUUUAUUGCAGUUAAUCACUUUUACAGACUAAACAGAAGGGAAACCCUCUGUUUUGUAUUAUCGCACCUUUAACCAUCUCCUUAACACCCCGGGUGACCCGUUUAAAGUCACUUCAUGCACCAUCUCUGUUCGCUUGCUAUAGGAAUAACAGUAUUUUUUCCUCCACGGGGUUUGAUUUUUGUCGUGCGCAGGCUGGAGGGUAGCUGGUUUCCGUGGCACAGCGCAGUACGUACAUCUAUGGGUCAGCAGGAUGUACAUCUAUGGGUCAGCAGGACGUACAUCUGUAGGUCAGCAGUACGUACAUCUAUAGGUAAGCGUGAUCAGGCAGCGUGAGGCGCGUUCCCCCUCGGUGGAAGUUGCACGCUCGGAUAUUUGUGGUUUUUUCUCGCCUAUUGUUCACGUUUCCUACAUUUCGGUCCACCGUCCUCCUCCUGCACUGCCUCGAGCUCUAACACCUCCAUUACUGUUUAUAACAGUGUAUUUAUUACAUAAUGUAUAUACUGUAAUGUUUUGUAAGUUAUUAAUUUAUAUGAAUUAACAUUACCUGUCGGCGGUGAUGUUAAUUGUGUAGAAAACUCGGAAUAAGAGUUGCCUUUUUUUCUUGUAACCUUUUGUAUUGCAUAAAAUACGAGAACCUGAACAUAGCUGAAGAGACAGACGCAACCCAGGACGGGCAUUGGGGUGGCAGCCGCCCGGGGGGUUCGUCUUCAUGGCGAACUGGGGGGGACGGGACCCCAGGGCAGCGGGCGAGCGGUUGGAAGUGCUGAAAACAUAGGGCGGGGGAACAAAAGAAUAUAAACCCCCGUGAAUGGGCCGGCUUUUAAAUGUCACGUUCCAAUUUCUGAACAACCCAAUGUGAAUUUCUAUAACCAAAAUGUGAACUGAUGUAAUAAUUGUGCUGUGAAACUUCUUCUGACAAAGCUUGUCCGGCAUCGUGAGCGGUGUCAAUCUCAGUUUGUAAAAUAUGUUUCAAGCUUUUGGUCCAACUUGUGACUAACUAGUUAAUGAAAAUAGCACAGUUGUGCAUGAUCAAUGGGUUUGUAUGUCUGUUGAACACUGCAUUGUUCCAGGUGGUUAUUUUAUUGUUUCCAAAAAGUUUCACACAAUGUAUGUUAUAGUAUUAUAUAUUGUGUUCAGAUGCAUUCUUAAGAGAUUUUUAUAUGAAGUGAAUAAACGAAAGCAUGACCCUG